AUGAAUGAGUUAAGAAUUAAUAAUGUUGAUAUAUGUGACGAAUUUGGUUGGGAACGACUGGAAGAAACUUUUGGUUCCGGGAUAACCCAUACCUAUGGAAGUUUGUUGUUUGCGUUACAGUAUUGUUUACCGUUAUUUGUGUUAUUUAUAACUUAUGCAUCCAUUGGUAUCAAAAUGUGGAAUCGACAAAUUCCUGGAGAUGGCCGAUUUAAUGGUGGUUUUACUAAGCAACGAUAUAAACCAGUACAAAAGAUGGUACGUAUGGUAUUGUUGGUUAGUGCACUGUAUGCAUUCUGUUGGCUUCCACAGAAUUUAUUAAUGAACAUUCUUAUACCGUGGAAUUCCGACCUGACAUCUCAUCCAUAUAUUUUAUAUUAUUGGUGGAUUGCUCAUACAAUAGCGAUGUCUCAUUCGAUUGUUAAUGCAUUUAUUUACUAUGAUCGAAAUGCCAGGUUUCGAGAAGGAUUCCGAUUUUUUCUACGUUUUUUACCAUUUAUAAAGACUGAGACGUUUGAGGUUUGGGUUAAUUGUGGUACACAUUAA